GGCGGAAGAGAAGCUCUUAGGAGUUUGCCGAGGAUGCCGGAUGAGUAGGGAUUGAGGUUCCGAUUUGGAUGGAGGCGGCGGGAGUUGAAUCCUCCUCCAGGCAGCUUCUGUUUUCGUUCUCUGGCGACUCGAGGCAGCUGACCGGUUCAGCAGUUACCGAGGGAGCGUGACCGCCCGGGAGGGCAGCACAUCCUGGGACCUGGCCGCUGUUCCGCAUGGGGGAGGAUGGGUCUGGGGGCGCCUUGCACCUGCUGUGCCUGGCGGCCAACAGCGGAGUUCCGCUGUUCUGCAGGAGCAGCCGCGGCGGCGCCCCGACCCGCCAGCAGCUCCCGUUCUCCGUCAUCGGCUCCCUCAAUGGGGUCCACAUGUUCGGGCAAAACCUGGACGUGCAGCUGAGCUCGGCAAGGACCCACGACACCACGGUGGUGUGGAGAAGUUUCCAUGGCAGCAUCACUCUCAUUGUCCUGUCUUCUGAGGAGGGCGUCUCGGAGCUGAGGCUGGGACGGCUGCUCCAGGCUGUGUUUGGGGCCAUGGUCCUUUUGGUGGGACUUGAAGAACUGACCAAUAUCCGCAACGUGGAGAGACUGAAGAAGGAGCUGAGGGCCAGCUACUGCCUCAUCGACAGCUUUCUAGGUGACCCGGAACUCAUCGGGGACCUGACCCAGUGUGUGGACUGUGUGAUUCCUCCAGAGGGGUCCCUCUUGCAGGAAGCCCUCUCUGGGUUUGCUGAGGCCACAGACACAGCCUUCGUCAGUCUGGUGGUGUCGGGCCGGGUGGUGGCGGCCACAGAGGGCUGGUGGCGGCUGGGGAUGCCUGAGGCCGUGCUACUGCCCUGGAUGGUGGGGUCCCUGCCGCCGCAGGCCACUCGUGACUACCCAGUGUACCUGCCGCAUGGGAGCCCCACGGUCCCACACCGGCUAUUGACCCUGACCCUGCUGCCAGGCUUGCAGCUGUGUCUGCUCUGCGGGCCGCGGCCACCUCUCAGCCAGCUGGACCCACAGAUGCUGGAGCGCUGGUGGCAGCCCCUGCUUGACUCACUGCGCGCCUGCCUGCCGCUGGGACCCCGAGCGCUGCCCGAGGGCUUCCCCUUGCACACGGACAUCCUCGGGCUGCUGCUGCUGCACCUGGAACUUAAGCGUUGCCUCUUCACCGUGGAGCCCUGGGCGGAUAGAGAACCUUCCCCUGAGCAGCGCCGGCGCCUCCUUCGCAACUUUUAUGCGCUGGUGACAGCCACACACUUCCCCCCAGAGCUGGGGACCCUGGAGAAGGCGGACGAUACAGCCUACCAUGCCCAGCUGCCCCGAGCCUGCUACCUGGUGCUGGGGUGUGAGGAGCCGGGUGCGGGGUGGCGGCUGGUGGCCCUACAGCUGGGGCCACGGCGACUGCUGCUGCUGCUGUCCCCUCAGAGCCCCACCCACGGGCUGCGUGACCUGGCCAGCCGCACCCUGCAGGCCCUCACACCCCUGCUCUGAGGGACCGUCCUGGCCGUGGGUGGCGCACACAGUUGAGCAGCCAUUAGCUCUCUCUCGGUUUAUUCGCUCACAAUAAUACACGGCCCCUGGAUGGGGAGGGGAGGGAAGGGCCACAACAGGGUGGGGUGGGAGGGGAGGAGGCGCCCACUUCCCUGGGCCCUCUCCCCUCUGUGCUUGGGGGGAAAGGGAGAGAGGGGGCUCCCCCUGACCCCCCAGAAUGUAAACAGCAGCAGAUGAACAAAAAUAAAAGUACAAAAGGCCGGA